AUGGAUCAAAAGGUAGAAGAAGACAAAGACGUGAGAGGAGAGAGAGACGAUCGCUAUUAUUCCGGGAAAUAUCAUUUUCGCCGGAAAGUUUUCGACGUACCUGAAAACCUUCAAUCAAGAAUUAUUCAACAGGUUAAUAUAGUCUCUCAUCCCGGAAAAAUUCAAAGAUUUUCUCAUUGCUUCUGGAUUUUCCCAGGCCUGAUUCUCAAAGGUGAUUCAACUGUAGUAGGAACAAGAGUUGUUGUACCAAGAGAGAGAGAGAGGACUCUGGUUUUUACAGGAUUGAAAAUGGGAGCUCUCUGUUGUUGCUUCCAAGUUGAUCUCUUUGAGAGUUAUGUGAAUCCAAACACUCCCAUGGCUAGAAACUGUCCAUGCCUAAACUGCUUCCUCCAGAAUUUCAUGGGUUUGUAUACUUCGAUAUUUAACCGAGGAGGAAUGCAACCAAUACCUUCAAGUGUUGAGGCUGCUUCAGUGAUGAAUACAACAACUUCUCUUGAUGAUGCAUCUCUCUCUAGUGUGUACCAUUCGCCUCCGAGGCCAUUGCCUUAUGACUUUCGUUUCGUUAAAGGGUCAAGCCAUUCGGGGGAAGAAGCAGAACCGUUAAGAGGUGGUGACACUGAAAUGAGCUCUGAGGUUUUAAGCGGUGGAGGGAAACGGAGCAAGUCUGAUUAUGAAGAUGGUUCUAAAGAAGUGUAUACGAAAGGUUCAUCGACCGAUGCAAAGUCGAAGACGAUGCUUGGGAUGGAGAUUUCUUAUCCUGAUUCGGAUGAUGAGGAUAUUUGUCCUACCUGUCUUGAUGAUUACACGCCGGAGAAUCCAAAGAUAAUCACCAAGUGUUCUCACCAUUUUCACCUUAGCUGUAUUUAUGAAUGGAUGGAGAGAAGUGAGACCUGCCCUGUCUGUGGAAAGGUGAUGGCAUUUGAUGAAACUGGCUAG